CCCGCUCUCCCAGGCUGCUCCGCGCCGCAGCCGGGGGGAGGUGGAGCCGCUAUAUCGAGAGCCCAAGUGGAAAUUUCCCCCUCAGUUGCCGGCUCUGCCGCGAAGGAGAGGCAGGAGCGUGAGCCGCCGGUCCCAGUCGCCCCGUACCGCGUCCCUUACGACCGCCGUCAUGUCCAACUACAUCCACGUCCCGCCUGGCUCUCCGGAGGUGCCCAAGCUGGACAUCACUGUCAGCGAGCGGGAGGGGCCCGGCUACCGCCAGGGCGCCCUGCAGCUCCUGCGCCGCCUGAGGCCCCACUGGAGACCCGAGGAGGUGACGCUGCAGCUGUUCACUGAUGGGAUCACCAAUAAACUAAUUGGCUGCUAUGUGGGUGACAUAACAGAUGAUGUGGUUCUAGUUAGGAUCUACGGAAAUAAGACUGAGCUCUUAGUAGAUCGGGAUGAGGAAGUGAAGAGCUUCCGUGUGUUGCAGGCUCAUGGCUGUGCUCCUCAGCUGUACUGUACCUUCAAUAAUGGCCUGUGCUACGAGUUCAUGCAGGGAGAAGCACUGGAUACAGAGCAUGUAUGCAAUCCAGAUAUUUUUAGACUCAUUGCCAGACAGCUUGCUAAAAUCCAUGCUAUUCAUGCACACAAUGGAUGGAUCCCUAAAUCUAAUCUGUGGCUGAAGAUGGGGAAAUACUUCUCUCUCAUACCCACAGAAUUUACAGAUGAGGAAUUAAAUAAAAGGUUUCUAAGUGACAUUCCAAGUCCUGAAGUCCUUCAGGAGGAAAUGACCUGGAUGAAGGAAAGACUGUCAAAUUUAGGAUCACCAGUGGUACUUUGUCACAAUGACCUGUUGUGUAAGAAUAUAAUUUACAACAAGAAACGAGGUGAUGUGCAGUUCAUAGACUAUGAGUAUUCUGGGUACAACUACCUGGCUUAUGACAUUGGAAAUCACUUCAAUGAAUUUGCAGGAGUGAAUGAGGUAGACUACAGCCUUUAUCCUAACAGAAAAUUACAGGAACAGUGGCUGAGAUCUUACCUUGAGGCCUACAAAGAGUAUAAAGGAUUUGGCACAGAAGUCAGUGAAAAAGAAGUUGAAGUUCUGUAUGUCCAAGUCAAUCAGUUUGCACUGGCUUCCCACUUCUUUUGGGGAUUGUGGGCUCUAAUUCAAGCCAAGUAUUCCACCAUUGACUUUGAUUUUCUAGGGUAUGCAAUUGUUCGUUUUAACCAGUAUUUCAAAAUGAAGCUGGAGGUCAUGACAUUAACUCUUCCUGAGUAAUGAAGAGGAAGAAACUUACCAAGUGGAUUAACAACCCCUGAAUCUUUUCUAAGAACAGAUACUGGAAAAAAAGCUAAACAUUUGUUUAAGUUCUGUUAUGCUCACUUGGUGGUUCUUGCUUUAAAAACAAUGCCUCUAAACAAUCCUUCAAUGUUAAAUUUAAUAUGAAAAGCAUACCUACUGCUGUCUAUAUAAAACGGAUUAGAAACUUGCUAAAUCUAUAAAAAGUUGUAGAAAUGGCAAUUUAAUCCUUCUUUGUAAUUUAACAUGUUGUAUGUGAAUUAUUUAUUAUAAGUUUAACAUGAUUCCAUUGCUGCUUUCAUCAGUUUUUGUGAAAGUUGGAUGCAGACAGUGAAGUUGUUCCAAAGGAUUUGUUUAACAAGUUAUUUGAUUGAAGUUGCAUUAACUUAUAUUAAAGAAACAUGGUCAGAGAAUAUUAACCUUUUAGAUGUAUACAAACAAAAUGUGUGAUAAUAGACUUGAGAUCACCAGUGUGCUGUAACAGGAAAAAAGGUUAAGAUGAUCUUUGUUUUCCCCUCUCUUUCUAAAAAACAAACAAACAAAGGUGCUUUCCAAACAAUGGUACUUUUCUUUUGUAUAAGAAUCAACCAGCUUUCUGGAAUUAUAAAUAAUGGUUUGAUUUUUUUCCUUCUUGAUGUGUUAAACUGUAAAAAUGUGGAAGUUCGUUGAUCAUCCAUCAGGUUCUUCAAGGAUAUGUACCAUCAUUGUGUUAGAUGGACAAUGCACCAUAUCUAACUUCUCUGGGAAAGCCUCUUGUUUCUUAAGCAUACUUUUAAAACAAAAAACCACUAUUCAAAAUCUAUAAUCUUUUUUGAAACUUGAUUCUAAAUUUGAACACUAUUCUGGUGUCUGUAUUUGUGCUUCAACAGUAUCUAGUAGAAUGGACUAUUGAACUGAAACUCAGUGAAUAUAGAGAUCCUGUUGCACCGGGGAGCAAGACACUUAGGUUUACAGUUUGUGUAUUGUUGAGAUCUUUCUGCUUUUUCAUCUUCCAACCUUGGAUUCUAGUCUUAAUUGCUUUGUCCUGUAGUUGCAGAUUCUGAUCUGUCUGGGUUUGGGUUUUUCUUUUGGUUUUUUUUUUUUGUGGCAGCAAAUUACUUUUCAAAGUCUCCAUAUUGAAGGAUGAUAUGGACUUGAACAAUGGAGCUUUGAUUACAUGCUUUCUUAUUUCUUAAAGCUAUUAUACCAAGAAUGGUCUGGAUUACAAAAUGUGAAUUGAGAAGAAAAUGUUUACUUAACAAAACAAUGUAUAAGUUUGUGUGGAAAAGAGGCUUUAAAUCUGAAAGGGGGUGGGGUGGUGGGUGGGAGGGGACGAAACUCUAACAGAAAAGUAAAACCCAACAAUGCAGUGUGGAGUUGAGCAGGUGUGUACUCAACAAUGAUUAUACUCUGAAAAACUUUGCACUUUGGUCACAUAAGUGCCCACAUGUACAAAGUCUGUGUGUUUUCAUGUACAUGUGCAAACACAAACUUACCUGGAGAGUAAAUAUUAUGGGAAGUCUGUACAGAUUCCAGCAAAGAUAUUUAUUCAAAAUUGCUUUAUGGCACACUGCUGUGUGUGUAUAUGAGUAUAUGUGUAUAUACGUGCACACACACACACACACACACACACAUAUAUGUAUGUGCUUUACAAAAGCUUGGAUAGAAUCAGGACAAAGAAAAUCAAUGUGGAUGAAAAAUUUUCACCUUGAAAGACCAUUUUGAAUGGCAUUCUGUCAUUUUACAAAAGCAAGAUUUGAGAAUUUUUUUUUUUCCUCUUAAGUUGUUUGUAUUCAUCUCUGAAUGUUUCCAGUAUUUUUUUCUUUCAGUCAAAACCUUAAUCUUAGUACAAAAUGGAAGAACUGGGCUUUUUUUGUAACUUGAAAUUAGGUAAUAAGUUUCGUUAGCAUUUGUUAGCUGAAGGCUACUGUACUGGACAGGUUUUCCUGGUAGUUAAAUAGAAACAGUUAGCUGAAAUAGAGAUUUAUAUUUUCCUUUGAAGCAGUUAUGAAGGAUGUUGCUAGAGCUCAUGAAAGCACUGAAGACUUUAAUUUUUCUGUACUUUCUCUGUUGACAUUAUUGAUACAUGUUGAAUAAUACUCUGCUGUCUUGGUGUAGUCCCUUUAAGUUCAGCAAGAUCUGCUUGAAAAAAAGACUUUUAAAGAUUUUUGAACUCUUUACUGCUAUUUUCCUUAAGUGGUGGCUUUAUUUCUGGUGUUAUAUUUGUGAAAUAUUUCAAAAAGGUUUGAAAAAGGCUGUGAAGUUCACUUGAUCCUGGGAAAUCCAUCACUUGACAGAUCCUGCCUUUGCCAGCAGUGGGCAAAACACAUUCCCUGUUCGGGUACCAGUACUACUUAAGUUUGGGGUUUGUGUAAUUUUUCUCAGUAGUAUAUUUUUUUUUUUUUUUUUUUUUGUUCAUCUCAAGUAGCAAUAACUGUAGGAGUGUAAGCUUGCUUCUGCAGAACUGAAGCUCUUUGUGAGUGCAGCUCAAUCCUUAUACUCUACGGAGUGAAGUUCCACUGAAUCCCCUAAAAAAAGCACUUUGAAGCAGAUAGUAAAUACUGCAAGCUUCUCCUGAGCCACUUUGAAGAAGCACAAGGAUUAUCACAGGCUACAGAGGUUGACUUUGCAGUACAGCUAGAGGCUUUCAUUUUGCAUGUUCAAAAUAAUUCUACAAGUCUAAAUGCUGCUUUGCAUUACCUUUCUUUUAAGACAAGUGCAGGUUAAAACAGUUCCUGAUUAAGUUCUGAGGAAGUGCUAUGAAGCACUCAUUACCUUGAGCCUUGUUCCUUGUCCAUUUUGAGCCAGUAGCACUCGGAUAUUCUUACUUCCAUGUUUGAAGCAGUAGUUUGCAGUAGCAUUGCAGGUUAUAAAGUAGCUUGAAACUGUGAAUACAGGACAUUCUGAAUGUAAGUUAGGUACUGGAACAGCAAACUAGAGAACAUGUACUUGUUUCAGUUAAUUUAUCUGUUUCUUUAAUAGCAACAUUUAGAUAUUUGAAGGACAAAAAAAAAAGACUGAGCUCUAGAAACAUCCUGUAGUAGUUUUGACUGUGACUUGCCAAGAAGAUACUCUGUUGCCUUUAUGUUAAGAUAAGGGCAGGAAUGCCAACUUUAAUAAUUCUCACUCUAGUUAAACUCAUAUUGUAAAUAAAAAGAGGAUUAUUAGUAGUGGCAUUCUUGCAUAAAUAGCAUCAAGUCAAUAGACCGUAGUGGCCUGGUUGCUUUUGUAAAGCAGAAUAGUGUGAAUUUUUUUCUUCUCAUUUUUGCAGUCAGAUCUGGCUAAUCCAUGCCUGAUCUCUUAAAUCACCUAAGCAUUACAGAUUUCCAAAUGAUAACUAGUCUGUUGUCACAUAAUUUCAGAUUCCUUCACUUACACUUCUUGAUUUGCAUUUUAAAAGGACUCGCUAGAUUUGCAUUAACCAGGUCUGACUGUGUAUGUAUAUACAACACUGUAAAUAACCAUUUGUAAAUUAGUGUGAAUUGUACUGUAUCUUGCAUUUAUGGACUUGUGUAUUGCAUUGUAUUCUCUCCUAUUUUGUAGAAAUUUUGAUGUAAAGAAGAAAUCUAACUCUGUGUGUGGACUUCUUUUAUUAAAUUGACUUGUAACAGAGCAUAAUAGUUCUAUGUUAAAGGGUAUCCAUUUUGUAACCAUGGGCAUCCAGUGUCUUGUUGCUCUGUUAGCUUUUUUGGCAUCCUGCUCUUGGGAAUGAUUCUGAGAAUAAUGAAAUUUAUACAGUACUAAGAUGAAGAGAGGCUGUUCUAAUAGCAGGGCAGAUGAUGUGUCAGAGGUACAUGUAGUACCUAUGGCAUAGGGAAAGUUGUUAAAAUUGUUAACUUCCAGAAAUUUCCUAUACUUUCUUGAAUGCUAGUGACUUCUAAACAACCAUGUUGAAUCAAAGUACUAAAGUGUGCGUUCCCAUGGCAGCAGCUAUUGAGUUAGUUGUGAUAGAAGUCCCCCAACUUGAACGUUUUUGGUGGAUAUAGCCUUAUGAUAGAAUCAGUUGCUAACUAGUAAGUGCUUAUAAUAAUUGUCCAAAUUGCUAAAAUCAACUGCCAGUCAUUUUCCUCAACACUAGAGUUAUUGAUUGCCCCUUCAGUCUAUUCAAAACAAAAGUUUUAUUUCCCUGUGUGCCAUUCCAUCCCCUCUUCUCCCCAUGCCCACAACCCUACUUGAUUAGGGGAAACAAGAAUAUAAAAGCUUCCUUUCCACACUUAAUUGCCACUGUUUCCUUUUUGAUUAUAAUUCUGUUCUGUUUUUUAGUGUGUGACUUCUCACGAGUGUUUUUGUGUGUAGGAAGUCCCUUUUAUGAAAAGGCCUUUGAUCUGGGAAGCACAGACAGGAUGAAGCAUAGUUUUCCCCAAAUGUUCAACUCUGUUUCAUUACUGUUGCCUUUUGCUGUCUGUUUGGAACUCCAUGGUGUCCUUCAAAACUGCUGGAAAAUACUCAUGCAAAUAGAUUGUGAUACAGUUUGUGGAUCCUGUCAGUGUUACCUGCACUGGGGAAAGGUACUCGUGCUUACCAAUGUUGACACUGAUCCUGGGAAGGGAGUUUGUCCAAGUCAAGAGGAGGUAUGGGCUCAGUAAAUCUGUGGAAGGAAAUAAUUCACUGGGAAACUCAAGCAUAAGCCUUUGAUGUAGUAAGGUAUUGGAUAAACUUGAAUGGAUUAAGGACAAUAGCAAAUAUAAUAUGUUGUUUGGGAUAGCCCUUCCUAUAGUUGGCAGUUGCAUCUUACCUGUCACUGUUUGAGGUGGAUGUCUUGUUCUGAUUUAAUGUUUUUGUAUUUGCUGUGUUUUUGGAUGCCUUCUAAAGUGUGCUAGAUUGAGUCUCAACUACUGGAGUUAGUGACUGUCUCCUGUCAUCUCUUCACAACAGACAGGUUGUAAUUAUAAUAGAACAUGAGGCAUUAGACCAAACUUUGAGGCAAUGCAGGGCUGAUUUUAAGUCUUGCUGCUAAUUCUUUUCCCUGCUUUCUAAUGCUGUGAGCUGCAAGCUGGCUUUCCAUUAGUUGUGAAAGAUGAAAAGCCAGAACCUUUGGUCUUGAGCAAGGUAGAGGUUCUCUUAGCCCACCACACAGCUUUUAGAAAGAGGAUCUCAGUAGUAAGAAACAAUACAAAUCCAGGUGGAACAUGUCAGAAGAAAUCCAACUUUGUGGCUUUUAGACUGAGGGGGAAAGGAAAGAGCUGGGAAAUGUUUGCAUGUGCCAGUUCUGUGGAUGUGCUCCAUUUAGUGAUAUGGUGAGACACAAAAAUACUGUUUUGUUUUGUUUUUUUUUCCAAGUAACUUUUCGAGUUGGUCUAAUCUGCAGAGAUAAAGUUCCUGUGUUUAAGAAACCUUUGGGGCAGAUGGAAAAAACUUUACAGAUGUUUAUUAAAAAAAAUUAAAUCUUUGCAGUUUUAUUAUUUUCAACAUUUAAGUACACGUUGGUCUUUUCUAUGUAUUUAAUAAUAGGUGGUGGUCAGCACCAGGCUCUGAUUUUUAGGGUUUUAUUAUUAUUGUGGAAUGUCAGAAAACUGCCUGGAUCAGCCCUGGAGCCCAUUAGGAUUUUAGAACAGGUAGCCAGACUUCAGCAGGUUACCAAACAUCUGGUUCAAGGCUUUUCAUUAGCUGUUUCUGUAGUGGGCUAAAACAGUUGAGCUUGUGUCUUGGGUUCCCUAAGGUGUGGAACUUAAUUCAUGGACUUCCCAAAUAUGUUGGAUUUUAUUAUAGAGACAUUACUUGGAGACAACUUGGUGGAAAUUGGAAGUUGUGUGAAUCUUUAGAAAGCAAGCAAAUUACUUGAAAUCUAACAAACUUUGAAAAUUAGUGCUGAAAUAAUUUCAGGUACUGCACCAGCCUUUUUUUGUGGCAUUGCAACUGAAUUUUUCCUGUGUAUUUUUUUUAUUUCCCCAUAUGGAGAUCCAUGCAAAACAGAAGAUGAAAGAGACCAUGGAAUAGAAACAUUGAAAAAUUUAUACAAUGCCAUAAAACACAGCUUAAACUGGAAAAAAGCAUUUGUAGUAGUAAUUUUUAAGUGUUAGUAAAAAUUGGUAGGUGUCAAGUCUUCAGUAUGUGAUUUUUUUUUUUAUUUUUUUUAGAAACGUUUCUUUUAACAUUUUGUUUUUAAAAUGUGGUCUGUGGUAGUCAAUUGCUGCUCUGUACACAAGUGCUUUGCAUAGUCUCCACAUGGAGAAUGUAUCCAAUCUUUCUUGGAUCAAACAGUUACAUCCAUUGGGUCUGUCUCUUAAUCCAGCUGUUUAAAAUCUUUCAAAUACUUGCAGAAAUAGGGCUGUAGCAUAUUAAGGGUAUAUUCCAUUCUGUGUCAUUUUUUUUGGUACUGCAUAUUUUUCAGUGUUCUUUUGAAAAUGAGUCCAUUUAUGUCCUGUGAAUUAAAAAAAGCUCAAUUUACAAAGAAGCCUUUGUCAUCUUCAAGCACCGUCAUCCCCCCAAAAGUCCUCAUGACCCUCCUUGUAUGUUGUGGAGUUUAGAUGCAUCAUUUAUCCAUUGGAGUGAAUUGUAUUUCUUUUGAACUAAAUGUUAUUCAAGCUAUUAUAAUCAGUGGUAGCAGGCCUUAAAUGAAGUAAUGUACCUUUCAAAGAGAUUUAUAUUAUGUAAAUAAUUUCAAACCGCAACAAUAAAGUUUGUUUCUAACUGCA